AGAAUGGAAGAAAGUCAGUCGCGUCAGUUACUCUGAGCGGCAUCCAACUAACGGCCACGUUCUAGCUGCUGGUGUCGAACUUUCUUCUUGGAAUAACAUCGUUGUUUUAGUUCAAUAAACUUCGCUUCGUUAUAAUUUGCAAUAGUGCUCAAAGUAGAAUGAAUUGUGUGUGAUGAACUCUUCGAAAUCCGAAGGAAAACUAUCCACUAAGUAACUUCUUCUUAAAGACUAAGCGAUACUAGUAACUUUCAACGUGGCGAUCGAAAAUGAAAGAACAGUGGAAGAAGUAUGAUACAGAUGCAAAGGUUUUUUCAAAGAAUUUGGAUGACCAUACCUACUCCGAUAUUAAAAACAAUAGACCAAUACCUAUUCAGAUCGAACUCCCAUUAGCGGCAUAUGCACAGCCUAAAGAUGACUACUGCAAAAAAUUACUGAUCACAUUAGUAAUAUUGGUCCUCCUGGCCCUUCUAGUGCUUCUUAGUUGGAUGUCUAUAGCCUUCUACUCUAAUAAUCACACAAAAACAACAAUUGUAGAGGAAAGCGCAGCCCGUGCAAAUUUUAACGGAAGUAAGCAAUCUUUCAAAAGCAAUUCUUAUGAUGACGAUUUUAAGAUUGCCAAGUUAAAAGCAUAUACGGGCAAAAUAAAGAAUGAAUCAAAAGAAGACACAAAAAGUUUAGAAACUUUUGUAAGUGAGAAAAAUGAAUUGAUUUUGGAUUGGAGCGAGGAUAAAAGUAAUAGUAAUAAUUCUGAAUCAAGUAAUAAUGAAGAAAAACUUAGUAUUGCUGAAAAGAAUGAUCAAUACGAGAACGGUAACUCUGAAUUAUCCGACAACCAAGUAACUACUACAGAGCCUAACAUAAGUUUGAAUGAAAAUAAAAGUGAAGUAAAUAUAAAUGAUAAUAACGACAAUAAUCAUACACAAGAAGAUAAAUCUAGUAUAGUUUUUGAAGAUAAAAAUUCAAAAUCCUACUCUGAUAACAAUGUUUUAAAAGUUAAUGAGACCAACGUACUGAAUACAGCUCAAUUAAAGCAGCCCUGGCAAGAUAAUUUUCAAACGAAAAAAAAUGCGCAACGAGAGAAAGACAUGAUAUUAGCUGAAUCAGGGUAUGCUGUUCUUAAGAUAUCAUCAAAAAUUUUGGAACAAUUUUCUUAUAAUCUCACAUACAAUCAAUGGUAUUGUAAAGUUUUAGAAAAAGAGUCACCCGAAACGCAAGAAAAAUUGCUUGAAUUCAUAAAAGCAGCAAAACCUCGUUCUAAAAGAACAAAGAAAAAUGAUCCUCUCGGCAGUAUAAGUUGCCCGAUCGAAGAAAAAACAGGUAGCGAAAAGGCAUUAGAUGAUUCAAAUUCAAAGAUUAUUGAUAGAGACAUUUAUGUACUGCUAGCUAGACAACUAGAAGUAAGUGUUGGUAAUUAUUACGAUUUGCUUAUUUGGUAUUAUCAAAAUCGUAAAAAUCAAGAUUUUAAGCCAGAUGCAGAAGGCUAUUUGAAGUAUCUUACAGCUGAUAUACUAUUUAGCACGAACAUUAGAACGUUCAGUUUAGAUUUUGUUUCGUUGAAAAGUAAUAUUGAACUUGAUGCUGAUAUCUAUAGCGACUAUGAGAAAGUGAUUAAUGGUGCACUUAAAAAUAUAGUACCUAAAUCUAAAAGUCAACAUAAUAUUAUUGAUAGAUUAAUGAUUAAGUCAGCCGCAGUAAGAUUAUAUCUUAACCAUACGAUCAGAGCAGAUUAUAUCGCAAAAACGAUUCAAGGCAGAAACUGGCGAGAGCUUGACCUAAUCAAUGUGGAUCCAUAUAGUUUUAUUUCUACUUCGAAGGAAAAUAUAGAAACUAUAAAAACUACUGAAUUACCAAUUGUUAAAAAUACAUCUAAAGUUAUAGCUGAUUCAAUAAAGGUUGAUCAAAAAUCAACAUCAACUAUUAGGCCUGAAAUAGAAAUCACUCAUCGGGAUAUUUAUAUAUUAAUGUCGAAGCAAUUGGAAGCUUUGUUUGGUAAUUACGUAGAUUUACUUGCAUGGCAUUGUGACAAUAGACAUAAAUCAGUUUGGAUGAUAAAAAAAGAGUAUAAUCUUAAAGCUCUCACUACCGAAUUACUUUUUAAUACAAACGUUAGUGAAUUCACUAAAGAUGUUACCAUGAUGCACACGACACUUUUAAUGAACAUCGAAUAUUUACGAGACUAUAACAAAAUUAUAAAUGGAACGUUAUCAGGUUUAAAACCGGAGACUUACACCCAAAAGCAUAUAGUAGAUAGACUGGUUUUGAAGUCAGCUCUGGAAAGUAUGGUAGAACGAGGGAUUAUGAGUGCAGAUUACAUAGCAAAAUCGAUCGAAGAUUUGAAUAGACAGGACCUGCAACGGGGUGGUUUAGAUGCUGACCGUUUGAUAGCUAGUUCCGAUAUAAGCCGAGUGUUCAGUGAUAGACGAACUGGAAUUGCGCUUGAAAAAGUUUCUGGAGGAACUGGAAAACAACGACAACCUGAUAAAGAUAUCAUAGAGUCAUCAGAUGAUGUAGUUAAAGACAAUUCGAACGAGGACUUUGUUGAUGAUAUGGACAAAUCGAAGAAAGUUGACAACAAGAGUAAGAGAAGUCAAUACAUUUUGAUGAAACUGGUAAAACCAAAGGAAAAGGGUUCAGGAACAAAGUCUAAGUAUCCGGAAGAUGAAUUGACAAAACGAUUGAGAGCACUUAUGGAAGAAGAUAUAGACGAUGAUGGUGUUAUGGAUAUUGACGAUCUUUUUACAUAUGAUAACGACGAUGACGACGAUGACGACGAUGAUGACGAUGAUGAUGAUGACGAUGAUGACGAUGACGAUGAAUAUGACUAUUAGUCACUAGAUUUAAAUAAACAGUGUCCUAAAAAAAUAAUAGCGAUUUUAUAAUCCAAUUAUUACUUAAAUAGAAAACUCAUUUGCUGGAUUUAUUUAUUUUUUGUGUACAUACAGUAUUAGAUAAGUCUAAGAUUAUCGUGAUCACUUAUUUAUUUUAACACACAACAUUGUUAUGCGUUUAAUUUAACAAUAUUAUUUAUUAACGAUUAUCUAAUAAAAACUUUUGGAUUAAAUGUGAUAUUGAAAAUUGUGACGAUAGAGCCAUCUUUAUGUUGUACUUUUAUAUGUAUAUAUUACUAUUGUUUAUUUGAUUUGCAUUAUUUUUAUUAUUUAAAGAUGGCAAACUCAAAAGUUGAUGUAAACCAUUUAUAUACUAUUUAUUAAAUCAUGAUCAGAAAUAAA